AUGGUUAAUAUUCCAAAGCUUAGAAAUACUUUCUGCAAGGGAUCAGACUGUCGCAAACAUACUCCUCACAAGGUAUCUCAAUAUAAGAGAGGAAAGGAGUCACCAAGAGCUCAAGGUAGAAGACGUUACGAUCAGAAACAAAAGGGUUAUGGUGGUCAAACUAAGCCAAAACUCAGAAAGACAGCUAAGACCACAAAGAAAAUCGUUUUGAGAUUGGAAUGUACCAAGUGCAAACAGAGACGCUUCCUUGCUAUCAAGAGAUGCAAGCACUUCCAAUUGGGAGGUGACAAGAAGAGAAAGGGAGGUCCUGUCUACUAA